AAGGAUGAUAAUACAACUCGAACAGUCACCAUUAUUGUUGUUUCGGUUAUUUCUUUUGUGAUAGUACUUAUUGUAUGCAUUUGCAUCUUCUUAAGAAAGAGAAAGCAGAGGAAGCCAAAGAAGAAUGUUGAAAUUUGUAAGGAUAUGGAUGAAAUUAGCACAGUGGAAUCCUUGCAAUACGACUUUGAGACUAUUAGUGUUGCAACAAAUAACUUCUCUGAUGCUAAUAAGCUCGGACAAGGUGGAUUUGGUGUUGUUUACUGGGGUAGGCUUCCAAACAGACAAGAAAUAGCUGUGAAAAGGCUAUCUAGUGAUUCUGGACAAGGAGAACUAGAAUUUAAGAAUGAGGUUAUGCUAGUUGCCAAGCUUCAACACAGGAAUUUGGUUAGACUAUUGGGAUUCUGCCUUGAAGGAAUAGAAAGAAUUCUUAUUUACGAGUUUGUGACCAAUUCGAGCCUCAAUAACUUCAUAUUCGGUAUGAUUGUUGUGUUGUUUUCCUAUACAUUGCAUUGUUAUCAACUUCAUCUUGACGUACCUAAAAUAUGCAUUGUCAUCGCUUUGCAUCGAAGAGGGGACACUACAGUGAAAAUAUAUCUUGAUCCAAAUAUCAUUUCAUCAUAUGAUAAAGCCUAAAACUAGAAUCCUUGAAGUACAUUUUUAGAUGAUUUAAUCCAUUUUGAGUUUUGGUUCAACCUUCUACAUGAAUAAACCUGUAGAUCCCAUUAAUCGUAUACAAUUGGAUUGGGAUAUGCGUUACAAGAUCAUAAGAGGCAUUU